GUUUCAUUCAAAGAAAUAAGCUCUGACCGAACAGACGUAUCUUGUUUUAUUGUUGUUGUUGUUGUUGUUGUUGUCGAGCGGGUAUAUAGCUAAGGAUCGGAGAUGCAUGUCAAUCACAAGAAGAAGACACGUCAACGUAAUCGACCCAGAAAUAAAUGCAAUCGUAGCGAUGAUACGAAAGAAGAUGAAAGUAUGCCCGAGAGUCCUUCAGUGCCGUGCACUCUGCAGGAUAAGCCUCAGGCUGCUGAUCCCUCGGAUGCCAUCUACUUGAUACAGCAGCUGCUGCGCAAGAAACUGUUGAACAAGAAGAACACAGCAGCAACACUAAGUUCGACACCUAAAAAAGUAGUGACACCUUCCACUCCCACGCCCAAAAAAGUGACUGCUCCCUCAGUGAUUUCCUCGAGCUCAGCAGCGAAAAAGUUGACUGCACCCAAGGAUGAUACAAGUGAUGAAGUGAAUGCGCUGUUGAAAUGCUUGGGCAGCAAAUUGCAAAAAGGUGCUGGUGGGGAACUACCGGAGGCGCUUUUCAGCAAGCUGGGCAAAAUGUUUAGUGCAGAGCCUUUGACGGACACCACAUCGGAUGACGAGGAGGCCGAAUACAUUGAGUACAUAUACAAGCCGCGGCAAUAUUUCAUGGCAUCGCUGUGCAACUACUGCAAGUCGGAUCUUUGCGGUCAUCCGGCGCUUCCCUGCAAGGGCUGCGGCCUCGUCUUCUACUGCAGCGUUGGGCACAUGCGUGAUGAUCAGGAGCAUCGCCAGCUUUGCUAUGGACUGCAUCAGCUGGUGGAACGCAAUGGACACGACGUUUUCUACAAAAGCGGCGACUUUAGUCCCGAGCAGUUUCGCUCCUAUCGCAUUGUGUGCAUCCGGCAAUUAGAGCAGCUAAUCAAUCGCACUUUAACUGCCACGGAGCAGGAGGUUCUGCUCUUUCCCUUCAUCUGCAACGAUGCCAAAUGCAGGGAACAUCGCUAUAAGUGUUUGAUGCCGUGUGGUCGUUGUGGCGAGAUUGCAUACUGUAAGGACAAGGCGAAUCAUCUGAGUGCUGGUCAUGCAGCCUGGUGCGAAUCGUACAAGCUCUUUAAGACAUUUGUAAUGCGACAGGCGAAAUUUGGACGUCUCGAGCCAGCAUUGCCCUACGAAGUGCUGCGGGAGACGCCAGUGAACUGCUCCAACACUAGGCAGAUCUUGAAGAAACUCAAGUUCAAUGUCACCGAUGCUUGCGAAUUGGCUGCACUUACUCAAAUAUCCACGGGACCCUUGACCGCCUUCUACGCGUUGAAGCUGUGUGAUCGUCUCAAGGCGGAGCAGCUAACGAUUCAUUUGGUUGGUGCGGAAAUGGAGUUUGAAGUGGAUGUCUUUCAGAAGUGGGAGAUCUUUUUGCUUCAUAUUCUGCCAGCUGUGAAGACAUUAAGUGUGGUCUUUGUGGGACCAGAACUCAACUCUAGCAAGGUUUCUUUUGAGCAGCUCUCAAAGAUUAAAUGUUGUCGCUUGUGCCGCAAAGCGGAACGCACAGUGGAAUAUUACUUCGAGAAUCGUCUUUAUCACGACUAUUGUGCGCUGCCUAGUUUUAAAACUCCAGACUUGGUUUGCUUCUUUAAUGCGGGACUUUAUCGUGCCACUGGCUAUGCAUUGGAGGACACUUGGCCGGAUACUAUACAAGCCGCUUUGAAUCUAAAAUGUCCCAUGGUAACCACUUCUUACACUAAAUACGAGGCUCCGCUGGACAUGAAAGAAUUUUUGAAUCAAUCCAAUCGGCAUUUGAACGUUGUUCUGCCACCGACCACAAAUCCAUUCGGAUCGGAAAAACCAGAACGCAAUUUUAUUUCCGACGAUGAUGCUCCUUUGAUGUUCAAGAAUUAUCAAUGUUUUGUUAUUGAUUAAGUAUUAGAGAAUUUUAAAAUUUGAAAUAAACAAACAGUUUUCCGUU